AUGCCAAAUGUGAUACUCCGCUUAAAUUAUUCCGCAUCAGCCUCGGGAGGUUUUGGUUUUCAAUAGAGACCAGAUGCGCUUUGACGCACGUCUCCAGCUUCGGCGCGCUUUUUUUAUUCGCUCUCUGGAUAUUUGACUCCUCGGUUCUCCGCACCAUGUCAAACGUCAGAGAGCCCAGUUAUUCUAUAGGAAGAGGUUGUGUGUCAUUCAUGCCGUACUCUUGAAGGGGGGCACGCUUGUUUUUUUUGUUGUUUUUUUUUCUCCUUUUUUAAAAAAAAAUCGGGAGCAGGAGAUGGCAAACUCCUUCUGAUGGUUUCAUCGGGAGCUCUGUAGGGUUUCCUGUUUCCAUUUCUAUACUGUAACGGGAUUUACUUGAAAAACCCAUCUGCUUCUGUGGGAUAUCGCCGUCAGGGAUCAUUUCAAAGAAAGAAGAUGGCUCUGGGUUACCUCUACGCGCUGUGCGUGUGGAUAGGUUUGUUGCAUCCCUCACUUGGAACCGGGUUUGUUUAUCGCUUUCCAGGGAUCGCCCUGCAGCGGCAGCGCAUCCACUCCGAACGGGGCAGCAGUGCGGGUCCGCCGGGAGCCGGGUCCUCACUUAGGAACUGGUGUCAGUACACUGCUUCCAGGUCAGUGCCCUGCAAAGUGCACAAUGGGACUGAGACCUCAGUGCAGAGGGUGAUGCAGGGCUGCCGGUGGCCCGGACCGUGCAGCAAAGUCAUCAGCUACAGAACCGUUAUCAAGCCGUCGUUUAAGAUCACUUACAAGCAAAUCACGGCUCUGGAGUGGAGGUGCUGCCCUGGGUUUGUGGGGGCGACGUGUCGAGAGGAAUGCAUGAACUGCACCAGCUUCAACGACAUGAACAGCAGAAUAAACGCCGUCGAAUCAAAGAUCAAACUGUUGGAGAGCGGUCGGUCACUUCCUGAGGUCAGACUACCAGACGGCUCAACAGGAAAUGAGGUGGACACGCGUCGGGCCACUCCACCGCCGUACCUGCCACCAGGAGCCAAAGGGCCCCCAGGACCGGCUGGACCUCCAGGGCCGGCUGGACUACCGGGGAUUGCAGGUCCUCCCGGAAGAACUGGGGAUCGAGGCGCUCCCGGGGAAAAGGGGGACAGAGGUUAUCCAGGAGAGAGCGGCCGCCCCGGGCCUCCAGGUCUUCCUGGACCUCCGGGUCCUUCUGGGUCAGGUUCUUUUCCUCUGCCCAUUCGGGGAGACGUUUUCCAUCUAGAGGAGGACCCGGACCGUCCGGUUCUCGCUGCGCCUCCGGUCAGAGUGGGCCCUCCCGGUCCCGCUGGUCCCGUCGGCCCCUCGGGUUCCCCUGGAGAACGAGGACCUGCAGGGACACCUGGUCUCCCAGGACGGGACGGUAGGGAGGGUGUUCCAGGCAGACAUGGCAGUCCCGGCCCGAAUGGAGAUCCAGGGGAAAGGGGGGCGCCAGGUGCCAAAGGAGAGCAGGGCCUACCUGGAGCACCAGGGCCAAAAGGAGAACCAGGAGUGAGCUUGAAUGAGGGUGAAGCCGUGCAGCAGCUCCGAGAGGCCCUGAAGAUCCUGGCCGAGCGGGUUCUGAUCCUGGAGCACAUGAUUGGGAUUCACGAGAACUCUGAAGGAUCUGGAUUCAGCAGCGUUUUAGACCCGCUGGGUUUCUCCAGCCUGAAGACGAAGCGCCACCAGGCCAGUCGAGUCCUCCGUCAGCCCGCAGGCGUCAACGGGCGGCAGAAACGGGUCCCCCUUUAACGUUAUUGCAUCAUUUUGCAUUUGUGUGAAUAAUUGUACGGGAAUAUUGGCUUUUUGUUGUUGUUGUUGUUAUAACUGGACAUGCGUAGCUGUUCUUUGUAUCUGUACUUGCCAGAUUUAUUGUUGUUUUUCUUCGACAUGAAUAAGUCCUGCUAUUAAAAGUUCUUUGUAGAAGAGA